CGUCCCAAUGCAGUACGGUUCGGUCUGGACCUACUACGAAGUCUUGCCAAGAGGUGCUUGUCGAUACCGAUUCUGGGAGUUCAUCGCAGGAGAGCCUUCAGGAACAUGGCGUUCACAUCUCCGCUAAUGGCGAGCGGAAGAAGACACUAGGGUUCUCGGGAGCCUUGGGGCUAAUUUUCUUCUUACCCAUUGCAUGCCUGGCUACGGUUCCGCAGACCAGCCUGGAUUCUCUCCGGCGGGUGCGACCGGCCAGCAGCCACAGGGUCAAGCUGCUGCGAACGCCAACUCAAGCGCAACAAGUUCAUCAGGCCCUGCUACAGCGUCUUCAAGCUCGCUAGCCGAGAGGCGUUUUUCUGUCUUGCAAAUCUUCAUUUCUAACCUCCUGCAUCGCACAAAGUUGCACGAAUCUAUUGCUUUCGGGGCCCUGCUACUCAUACAUCGGCUCCGAAGCAAGUUUACGGACAAGGCCCGGGCCUUGGGUUUGAAUGCUGUUCCAUAUUGGAUGGCCACCGCGCACUAUAUAUAUCUGACAGCAUUCUUGGUCGCGAGUAAAAUCCUCUGCGACAAGUGGUACAACAGUUCCAGCUUGGUCAGGGCCGUCAACCCGACGAGGAGAGAGUGGCUCACGGUCGGAAACCUGCUUCGGGCAGAGGUCGAAUUCUGCACCAUGAUGGACUGGUCACUCUACAUCGACCCCGGGCAAUUGGCGACGUUCACACAGCGCGUGAAGGCCGAUUACUCUGGUGCAAGACCUUAUCCGUUGUAUUCCCCGUCGAUGUCGGAGUGCAGGAUUCCCUCGCCGGCGACAGGAGUCGAUCUGCCCUAUGGAGCGAACUCUCUACGGGGAUCAGUCGCGUCCGGGCCGCCAUCCACAGGCAUGCCAACAUCGUAAGGACGUCGAGACUCUUGAAGUCGACCGGGUGGGAUGGCGCUCUUCCGUCGCCUGGGGCAUUCGGACUCGGCUACUCCAGGAGACAGACUUUUCACAUCGGACGAUGAAGACGUCAAGGUGUAGCAGCUUCGUUGAUCUUUCAUCCAUCGCCGUUCAACCACACAUCGACUCAUUUCCGUGCACUCGUUAU